AUGAAUAUUUGUGUUUUUCUUGCGCUGCUCGGGAUCCUCUCGGUUUCCUGCAAAGAGAAAAUCAGCUCCACGUACAAGAGCAAAAUGAGUCUGUUCAGGCCGUACAUAGACAGGACCACAGGCAGGCUGCCCUUUGGCGAGAUGAAAGGAGACUGCAAUGUUGUGUCAAUUGGAGGCGAUGCAGGGGUGCAUCUGACAUCCAGCAGAGAAGGAUCCUCUGGGAGCAUUAGCUCCAAGCAUCCGCUCGAGAUGAGAAACUGGAAGAUGGAUGUGCACAUGCAGAUUAAGCCAGGCGCAAAGGGUGCAGCCAUCUGGAUAAUGAAGGACUUUGAGGCCGGCGAUCUCUUCGGAGGAAGCUCUACGUUCAACGGGAUGAUGAUAUUUUUAGCUCUGGAGAAAAACAAUUUAACGAAUAGCUAUCCCAGCAUUGGAAUAGCAACAGCGUACGGAGGAGCACCCGUUGUGCACUUUGAGAAAAAGAUAUCCUUUGUGAAAGACAGCCUUAUUAGCCUGAACUUCUGGAAUGGAACUCUGUCUGUCUCAUACGGUGGAAGAGACAAAAAGGUAAAUCUAGUUGAUGAGCUGAGUCGCUUAACUGUUGACGAUGGCAGCUUCAUCACUGUCUCAGGAGAGAUAAAAGAGGCCUUUGGGGACAUAAGUGUAAAGACGAUUUCGCUUUUCAGACUGUAUACUUCGAACAAAAAGAGCUACAGCCAGUACGAUCCUCCAAAGACAAGAUCGCUGAUGACCUGGGUUAUUUUUGUUAUUUUGAUAGGAGCAGUUGGAUACUAUCUAUACAAACAGAGAAGUAGCAAGCCAAAGCACAAGGGAAUUCUGCAGCAAUAA